GUUUUGCUUUCUCUGCAUAUAUUUAUACCCAACAUGAUCAGUUGCUUCCUAGCUUCACCCCCCAAACUCCCAACUGUAUAUGCUUUCAAGCCCUGUGUUCAUCUCUCUCAACUAUGAAGCGCAGCCUGCGUUCCAAUGCUCUUCUCCUCUUCCUGCUGAUACUUAUUUCCAUCUCAAAAAUAUCAGCCCGUUCCAUAGCAACCCAAAAAGGACAGGAGAAAGUGAAGCUCAACGAAAUCAGUACUUCUGGAGGUCCUGAUCUCGUAAAGUUGGAAAGCAGUGAAUCCAUGAAUCUCAUGGGAGUGGAGGAUUGUAACGAAGGAGAUGAAGAAUGCUUUCAGAGAAGGAUAGUUUCAGAGGCUCACUUGGACUACAUCUACACCCAGCACCACAAGCCUUGAGACUCCUCCAAAAAACAUAUGAGUUCCAUAUCUAUUUAUUCACAUCAGCCCUUUUCUCAAUAUUUCAGGAUAUGAUGUGUUUCCAGGAUGUAAUAUUUCAUAUAUAUUUAUAUAUAUAUAGAGCUUAUAACUUGAAUGGGUUUGAGAUUGUAAUUUCUCGACAAUACAAUGCAAGUGUCACAUAUAUGUUUCUCAUCUUGAGUUUCUAGGCUGAUUUUCUUGACCUUGUUGGAAUAAGGAUCAGACUCUACUUAGUUUGAAAUGUAUCAGAAAGCUUAAGAUCUAUUGAGAGAUGUAACUAACUGAUACAAGAUUUUGUUUCAACUUCCAAAAAAUUGCACGACGAAAGCCAUGCAGAAACUUCCAAAACUUGGUAGGUGAAUUGGGGAUUAGACACUAAAACAAUUAAAUAAACAGUUGGCAAUGGGAAGUCAGCCAUUGGAAUUUCAUGUUUUCAACUGUAUUUACUUUGGCCAAUUAGGUUCGAUUAUACAGUUUCAGUAGAAUCCCAGAAUUCACAUGUAGUGUAAGAGGGGGCCGGGGUAAAUUUUUUGUUGAAUGUGUUGUGAACAUGUUCUGCACUCGUUAAUUGAUAUAAUCUUUAAAUGUUCUCCAGAUUCAACUUAAACUUACCUUAGUUGCAAGUUGCCACCGUUAUUUAUAGAGUAGGGAAGGGCAAGUUAAGGCCUGUGUAACAAACCAAUCCCGUCAUUUGAACUCCUAUUUAUCCUUUUCAUCCCGCCUGGGAUGCUUAUCUAAAGGGAAGAUAUUUGAAUUUUUCUGUUACAGUUAAAUCACUGCUUUGUAGACGCACCGGAUGCUUGGGGCUUAUAGUUAUCUUCCAAUUGGACUGGCUAGGCCCUAAUGUAUGGAUUAUCUUUAUCAGGUCCCUAGGCUCUAGUGGCAUGCGGACAGGCCCAUUGCGAAGAGGGGAUGGCGGCCCUUUCAUCCUUUCUUGUAGGGGUGUUGCUGUCACUACUCUAAUGGGGUGCGCCUAAAAGGAUGGUCGUAGUCGAUGAGCUACUACUACCAGUGCGAAUGCUAACAUCUCCACUCUAGGGUAUCUGACCUCGGCUCCCCCUUAAAGCUCUGUUGAUUAAUUAUACUGGCUUUUGCAUCUUUCCCUCUUCACGUAUCAGGGCAUAGGACACUGCUUCUGCCAUGACCGAUAAGUAUAGGAGCAGGGUCUCCCCUUGUUUGGUUUGGCUAAAGAGUGGGGGGUGCGACAUAUACUCCUUAAGCUGUGUGAAUGCCUUUUCACAUUCAGCAUCCCAGUCUUGUAUCUUUCGUACGACCCAAAAGAAUGGUAGACAUUUGUUUGUUGACCUAAACACAAACCCGUUGAGCGCUGCUAUUCUCCCGGCAAGCUUUUGUACCUCGUUUAGGUCUUUUGGGGGUUUCAUUCUAAUGAUUGCUUGAACUUUCUCUGGGCUAGCUUUGAUUCCCCUUUCUCACAUCAUGAAACUCAUGAAUUUUCCCGAUUGUACUCUGAAGGCGCAUUUCGUCAGGUUGAGUUUCAUUUUGUAAUGUCGUAACACACUAAAGGCCUCCAAUCCUCUACAUGAUGCGUCAGCUCUUUGCUUUUGAGUAGUAGGUCGUCUCGUCAGCAUAUAUCUCCAUGUUCCACCCGAUAUGUUUUAUAAACAUUAUGUUUACGUGCCUUUGGUACAUUGCACUAGCCUUUUUUAAGCCAAAAGGCAUCACUUUGUAGCACUAUAACUCCCGGUCAAUU